ACGCCCGCCGCUCCCCACCUUCCCUCCCCGGCGGGAUCCGGGGGCUGCCGGGAGCAGUGUGACGUCAGCGGGUAAGAUGGCGGAGGCUGCGGCCGUGUCUCCGCUCCGCUUCUUCUGUCACUGCUGCAAGGGCGAGGUCUGCCCCAAGCUGCCGGAAUACACAUGCCCCCAGUGUGAGUCAGGCUUCAUCGAGGAAGUCACCGAUCAGUCCAGUUUCCUGGAUGGCAGGACGAAUGGAUUGGACGAAGAUUCAGCCACACAGUUUGCAGAGCUGUGGGAUCGAACUUUCCUGAACCUGGACCAGACGUUCCUGCUGGUGGAUGGGAGGCCGCUGCGUGGCGGCGCUUCGCUGGAACACGAUGGCGGGGGACUGGACCGGGGUGGGCAGCAGGGUGAUGUCUGGGGUCCCGGCCGGCAUGCCAGGUUACCCGUGGCCAGGAGGUAUCGGUCCAGGGCCUCCUCCCGGCCUGAGAGGUCUCCGGCCAUCGAGGGAAUAAUUCAGCAGUUAUUUGCUGGGCUCUUCUCCAACGCUGGAAUCCCAGGCUCUCCAACCUUCUCGUGGGACAGGCUGCUGCACUCAAAUCCUGCCGAUUAUGCCUGGGGACAGAGUGGGCUCGACGCGGUGAUCACACAGCUCCUGGGCCAGCUGGAGAACACGGGACCUCCUCCCGCUGACCGGGACAGGAUCGCCGCACUCCCCGUUGUCACCGUGUCCCAGGAACAGAUCGAUUCCGCCCUCGAGUGUCCGGUUUGCAAAGAGGAUUACCUCCUGGAGGAACAGGUCCGACAGCUGCCCUGCCACCACCUCUUCCACAACGAUUGCAUCGUCCCCUGGCUAGAGAUGCACGACACUUGUCCGGUGUGCCGCAAGAGUCUGAAUGGGGAAGUCACCACAGGCCAUCAGCAGACCUCAGAGCAGCUGUCCGGCAGCUCGGCGGGUAGGGAAAGCGGGCGGCGAGACCCCUGGGCGUACUGAAGGACUCUUCGUGGAGCACUUUGCAACCUGUCUCCCCCACCCCUCUGCACAACUCAAUCAAUAAUAUUGUAAAUUAUAUAUAUAUAUUAAAAGAAUCAAGAGGGCAGGGUAUAACUCGGAGCGGUGUCUCCCGGGCUGACAGAGGGAAGGGCAAGCCACACUGUGAAUCCUGUGUGGGAUCGGCCUGCUUCUCCACGGUUGCACUAAACGAAUGGCUCUCCACACAUUCUGUUCAGACCUCCCCCUCCCUCUCUGUUUGAGAAAUUAACUCUCGAUUCUGCAGGAAGGAAAAUUCCAAGCCCGAUUGGAAUUUGCCGAGAUUUGGGUAGGGUUCAGUGAAUGGGUCAGCCGGAAGGGCUGGAGCUCUCCCGAGGCACUUUACACAUCUGGUUGGCUUCCUAGGGUGACGUUCUCCAGCCACCACUGGCCCGUCAGCCCAGAACUAGGUGCAUGAAGACCGGGAGGAAGGGUGGUAAUCAAUCCCCCCUCCCCCUUCCCUCCAAUGUUACACCCUGGUCUGAGUGCCCGACACUCAACCUCUUGUAGUGUGUGUGGUAGGAAGAACCUAUUUGACCACAGGGGUCCUUUCUGGGAUCAGGAGAGGCUGUUCUGCUGCUCUCCCACUGGGAACUGGCUCGUUUCUCAGGGCAGGCGGAAGGGGACACUGGCCUGAAUCUCUUCGACCCUCCCUCUUACCCGCUUUACGUGCAGGUCUGCUGAGAUUCCGGAGGUGGCUUGGUGCUGGGCUCUGUAGUGGAAAGGAUGGUCCAAAUUCUCUUCCUGAGGUAGGGUGAUUCCUCCUCGGGCAUUCCCUCAACUCCGUGUCUCCUCCCCCUCCCUCCCAGUAGUGUGUUACCAGGAAUGUUUAUGGUCACAGAUCCCAGCAUAUUUCACCCACACGCUGGCAGUAUUACUGAGCCCCCAAAGCAGGCUUCUGUUUGAUACAAAAGGGCCGGUGUUUCAAGAUGCAGUAUUCUGUGUGUCAGAGAGAGAGAGAGAGCCUCAAACAAAGCCAGCAAGGUGGCGACAAGAUGGUUCUUGUGUCACAGCGGCAGGUUUCUAACCCUCUUGCGUUGGUUCUAACUUGACUGACGCUAAGUCUUCUGCAGCUGAGAUGUGAAAUGUUGCAAGGUUUAAUUCGAACCUUGAUGAAUGCGAGUCCACUGCCCAGCAGUGACCAGGGUUGGUAUGGAGUCAAUGCCAGCUUGGGCUGGGCGUGAAACGUGAUGCAGGGAGCAGGAUGUUGGGGGUACUGUACCGAUGAGCCAACUGGUAGGUUAGUCUAUGCUCUGCCUCUCCGGUUCAUUGCCUGGGCCAUGGUUAGUCCGUCUGCUGCUGACUUCACGUCAUAUUGUCAUCAAUCCACUUCUUGGAUUGGGAGCACGUUCUCGUAAAAACAAAAAAAAACAUACAAAAUGAAACAUUGGGUUUGGGUUCAGAGUAGCGGGGUUGGAAAUGAAUUUCGGAUUUACACCUGAGCUGGCCUCAAUCUUGGGUUUGAGGUUUAUAUUACAUAAAAACUUUGUUUUAAAUCCUCUGAGGUUGGCGUCCCCGGGAUCCCCCCGCCCCAAUCCUUCCAAUGUCAAUGACCCUGGGGUUCCUGGUCGUACUUCCCCCCCCUCUGAGGUUGGGAACCCUGGGGCUUGCCCCUCUCCCUUCCAAGGUCAGUGGCACCCCGGACGCACUGCUCUUCCUCCUCCGAGGUCAGUAAUCAAGCAACUCAUCGCCCCCUCCUAUUCCUCCCCCUCUUCCCCCCACCCCCAGUGAUCUCAGGGUGGCCCCUCGCUCCCUCCCCCCUGAGGUCAGUGAUCCUGGGUUUCUCCCUGUCCCAGUUCCUGCACUCUGUGGCAGCUCUCUGUUACCAGGAGACCGGGGUGCUCCCCCUCCUUCCUGCCCAUCUUGCCGAUGCCAUCCCCAGUGCUCACCCCUCCCAUCCACAGUGCUUCCCUUCCUCCCUGUUCCCUCCCUGCCACUCCACAUCCCCACCCCGACUACUCUCCCCCUCUCCUCCCCCGUUUCCCCACUCCCGCCCCACCCUUUCACCACGCUGCUCCAAGUGCAGAUUCAAGGUGACGGGGAAGGGGUGAAGUGUUUGGAAUCAGGGAGUAUCCAUCGCAGUGGAAAUUAGGGAAGGGAGAGCCCCCUCACACUGGAGCAGGGAAGCCACUGUUGGGUGACUCUUAUUACAGGGACCAGCCGUCUGUGGGAUAGGGUUGGGGUCCUCUUGGCCCAAUAGGCCCUUCCCUCCUCAAGGAUAAUAAAUUCCCUGUUCAUUAUGCUAUUUCCUUCCUGAAUAUUAUGUAUCUGUGUUAUACAGUGAUGCUGUUAAUAUUGCAGGACCCCAAAGACUCUACUGUAACAAAAUUAAACUGAAUUGAACGUGGACAUAACUCUUACUCUCCAGAGGAGAGUCUGUAUUGCAAUUUUUUUUCGUAGUUGUAAAUGUUUAAUCUCUGUUCUGUCACUUGUUUAAAAGUUUUUAUUUUGUAAAUAAACUGAACAAAAAUGAUCAGAUUUCCAUGUCCUGCCCA